AUGCCUCUCACACAGAUUUCAGUCAUUCCUGUGAAGGAGCCACAACAGCAACGCACAGAUGACGUGAAUAAGGUUGAUGAUACAAUUGCGAUUCGUCCUGGCACAGCUCCCGCCAUCGCGUCAGUCGCCAGAGAUCCUAAGUUUCUUUCAGUUAAGAGUAAAUCAAUCGCAGCCAUUCAAAGAAUGUCUACAGACAGCAUCGAAUAUGUAACAAACGCAGAUAAAAAUACAGAGUGUAAAGCCUGCACAUCCAAUCCACAAUCACGGUGUCAGUCAGCAGUGUCUGUUGUGUCAAGUAACGCCGAUAUUUGUCGAAUAUGCCAUUGUGAGGGGGACAAUGAAUUUCCUCUUAUAACUCCAUGCCUGUGUGCUGGUAGUCUAAAGUACGUCCACCAGCAAUGCCUUCAGCAUUGGAUUAAAAGUUCAGAUACUAAAACUUGUGAACUCUGUAAAUUUGAACUUUUCAUGGAGUCCAAGCUGAAACCUAUUGCAAAGUGGGAGCAGUUAGAAAUGUCAUCAAGCGAACGACGAAAGAUAAUGUGUUCUGUUUCAUUUCACAUGAUCGCUAUCACAUGCGUCGUUUGGUCUCUUUAUGUUUUAAUUGAUCGCACAACAGAAGAAAUUCGCCAGGGUGCGUUGGAAUGGCCAUUCUGGACAAAGCUUGUGGUGGUCGCCAUUGGUUUCACAGGUGGGCUGGUGUUCAUGUAUGUACAGUGUAAAGUUUAUGUCCAGCUGUGGCGAAGGCUGAAGGCCUACAAUAGAGUCAUUUACGUGCAAGACUGUCCUGAAGCAAAACGAACUGAACUAAGACUACAGAUCAAAUUGGGAGCCACCGAAAAUGCAAAUAAUUUACAAGAAUCAAAUAAUACCAACAGAAUUGGGUUGACGGAGGUUGCAUUGUAACACUGCACCCAUGGUGUGUAUAUCACAUAAUGAGAUUCAACAAAGUUACUGGCUUAGUUAUGAACUCUUUGGCUGUUAUUGUACAUCCUAAAUAUCUAAAUUUUCUAUCAACCAUUUCUGUGAAUUUAGCAUAAACAAUACCGGCCAUAUUAUGAUAACACAGAGGUGACUAAUCUACAAAAUCUGUUGCGUUUUCAUUACAAUGGAAAGAGCAAUUUAUUCAAAGAAAAGAUGCAGGGAUUGUCCCAUUUUUCAGUGUACAUGGUAUGAUGCCUCAACAGUGACGAAAUCAUCCUCUACAGUGAUGAAAUCACUUGUAAGAAACAAAAACUUUUACUAAUAAUAGUAUUAUUUUAUUAUUUCUGUUGACCUAACCUAGUGUUUAACACCUUAUACUGUUGUACUGUGAUUGCAGAAAUAGAAGAGCAAUUUAAACUUUUGGUAUUUUGGUCACUAAUAAAUUGAAAGGCAGU